AUGGAUGAGGAAUUUGCAUCUGUGCGUUGGGAUAGAGACUCAACUAUCAACAACAACACCGCCACCAAACUGGCCCAAACACCUCCACGAUCGCCAGCCAAAUCUUCUGGCUUAUCCUCCCCUUCAAAUAUCAAUGAAAUAUUAACUUCGAAUGCUGGAGCCCCAAAGGAUGAAACAAGAAGUCAAGGCGCAAUCCACAAAAGAGAACACAGUGCAGUAGAGUCGAUGUCCGAUAAGUACAAAGUGAAUGAAGAAGAUAAUACAGUUUUUGUUACCUCAGUCGUAUCUUCGCCCCAAAAGGAAAGUGAUGGCCAGAAUGCUUAUAUUUCGUAUCUCAUUGAAACUCAUACCAACGAUCCAUUAUUCAAAACCUCCCGGCUCAAGGUUAGACGCCGUUUUUCUGACUUUUACUUUUUGUAUCAGUGCUUGAUUAAUGACUUUCCGGCCUGUGCUUUACCUCCGUUACCUGAUAAGCAAAGAUUGGAAUACUUGAAAGGUGAUCGUUUCGGGUGGGACUUCACAAGCAAGAGAGCGUCAUCAUUGACAAGAUUCUUGAGGCGAAUGUCAUUGCAUCCUGUGUUGAAACGAUCAAAGAUUUAUCAUAUUUUCUUAGAGUCGAGCGAUUGGAACUCGUACAAAGAUAGUUUGAACGUUGCGCAUGCCCAGAAACACAAUAACGAGAAUAAUGAGGGAGAAUUUGGGAAUUUGAAUCCAGUUUCCGACUCGAUUUCUGACAUUUUCAUGAAUGCUUUCAAACACCCGCAAGCCCAGCCUAACAAGGAGUUUGUAGAAAUUAAUGAGCGGUGUAAUAAGCUCAAUGAUAAUGUCAUCAAAAUUGACAAGAGUUUCCAAAAAUAUAUUAAGAGAUUGGGCGAUUUGGGGACUAACUUCCAGUCGUUUGCUGAAUUGGUGGUAAAAUUGGAUGAAUUAGAAUCGAGCAACUCAUUAACCAAUGAAAAUAAUCAAGGCGUAGAUGGUACCACAAAGCAAAGAAGCGAUGAUCCAGUGAUAAAAAAUCAGCCAAUAAUGAAACCCUUACCGUCUAUCAAAGAUGAAUCCGAUAGAACGUUGAAAAAUAGUAAAUUCCUUGACGAGUCCAAAUCAUCAAGUUACGUGAAAUUCAGCAAAGGUUUAGAGAAUCUAUCUAUAGGAUUGAACCAAUUAAAAACCUAUUUGGACAAUGAUUAUUUGAUAUCAUUAAAGGAUUUGGAGAACUAUAUUUACUCAAUCAAAAACUUGAUAAAGGUCAAAGAACAAAAGCAAAUUGAUUUCGAGGCGUUAUCGGAAUAUUUGGCACGAGCAAUCCAAGAAAAAAAUCAGUUACUACAGCAGACUGGUGGGCAAUUCACAGAUGAUGUCAGCUCAUUGGCCACCCCUCAUAGCACCACUCUGGUAGCAAAAGACCCUAGCAUCACUUUGCCCACCCCAAAACCCUCGACAUUAACCACCCUUGCUGCCAAUACAAGCAACUUUUUAUCUUCGAAGUUGGACGAUAUAAGGGGGAUAAAUUCCAUGUAUCAGAAGAAGGAAAGAUUAAUCAAGUUAUCCGUGAAAAUCGAGACCUUAGAGCGGGAGGUUGUUAAUGCCAAACAAAUAUUUGAAGUAUUUGAAAAUGAGAUCUUACACGAAAUGCAAUACUUUGACGUUAUAAAAUCAAAUGAAUUGAAAUACAACUUAAGUGAUUUGACAAGCAAUUACAUUGGGUUCUACAAAAACAUCAUCAACGAUUGGGAAAAAAUUGAAAAAUCCUUGGAAAGUGAUAUAAACGAUUAUAAUAAGAGAACAAGUGUUGAAUGA